ACAACAAAUUCCGCCCACUCCAGUGCAUGGUCCUUCGAGUCCGCGACACAUCCUGAUCCUACCAGCGCUCCUUGCGGAAAAAUCAAGAUAAACUUACUCACUUCCUACAAUAAUACAUACAAUAGUACUUAUCAAUAAGUACUGCUCGAACUGCCUCGCCCAUCAGCACUCAGGAGGAGACUGCCGCAGCCAAGAGGGAUGCAAGAAGUGUGGAGGAGACCACCACACUCUCCUCCACAUGCACGAGGUCCUCCCCGCUCCGACCCCGGCAGCGCUACCAGCUCCGACGCGCAGAGAGCGCCAUACCGCUGCACCUCGUCCGGUCCGGAUUUCCCGCACUCCGCCACCAGCCCCAGUCGCCAACAAUCGCCCGCGUCCGAAGGUCUCCGUCGCGUCUCCGGCGGUAGCAAUGGGGCAGCAGAAGGCUGUCCCCAUCCUGCCUACAGCCAUCGUCGUGCUGGACACGGGCUCGAAGGCCUUCGAGACCGGGGCCAUGAUCGACCCAUGCAUGCCGGUGAGCAGCAUCGACCGGUCGUUGGCGGCUGCGUUCCGGCUGCCUAUCACCCGGCUGGGAGACGACGAGGUCUGCUCGGUGACACUCCGGUCCCGAACAAGCACCUUCCGACUCAACGUCGUCCUGAAGAUCGAACCCAGCCUAAGGAUCCGGACACCCAUCCGAGCUCUGAGCGACGGCGCAAGGGCCAAGUUGGACGGUGUUCGUCUCGCGGACGAGCGCUUCCACCGGCCGGCCACCAUCUCUCUCGUGUUGGGAUCAGAUGUAUAUGGCAAUCUGAUCCAACCGGGGUUCCUAAAAAUUGAGGAUGGGUUGCCCGUCGCGCAGAACACGGUGUUCGGGUGGACCGUUUCUGGAGCGUGCACGGAAUGAAGAGGCCGAUCCUGCUGUCUGUCCUGUGUUGUAAUAAAGUGCGAAAUUGAGGUCGAUCCCGUGACUUUUCACUUCUGGAGGAACUUAUCAGCAGCAGCCGCAACAACAACAAAUUCCGCCCACUCCAGUUCAGUUACUACAGUGCAGUUCACUUAAGGCAUAAGUCUCGACAUACU